AUGAGUACUUCUGAUCUUCGAUAUCCUGCUGCAACUAGUGGUGAUAAUUCUGCACCACCUAUUGUUACACCACAUUAUAGUUCAUCAUUACCAAAUUCUCCUGGUGAUAUUGAAAAUUCACGACAUACACGAUGUGCAACUGGUAUUCGUUUUGUUAAAACAAUUCAUGGAAUAUUGAAUAUUAUAAUUUUGGUUUGUAUUAUUUGUAUAUUAAUAAGUGCUGGAGUUGCUAGUAAUCAAGAUGGAAAAAAUGCUGAUAAUUCUUAUUUACAUUCAAGUGCGAAAGUUAAUGCUGUUGCUACACGAAAUGCAGUUUUAGUUUUUGCUGUAUUUGGUCUUAUCUUAAUUCUUAUUGAUACUAUUCUUCAUAUGACCAAACUUAUUUAUCGUUUACCACCUUUAUUUGAUACAGUUUUUAUUAUAAUUAUGCUGGUACUUGCUGGUAUUUAUCUCAUUCUUGGAUGUUGUGCAGCAGCAUGGGAAAAGAAAAUGGACGAUACAGUAGGAAAAACUGGCGGUUUACACCACAGAGGUGCUGCGGCAGCAGCUGCAUUUUUUAUAUUUGUGGCUAUGAUAGCCAUUAUUAUUGAUUAUGCUUUACGAUUAUUUAGUAAACCAUCACAAACAUAUAACCCGUAA